ACACUGCUGAUCCUGUAACAUGGAGGAUUGUCUUCAUACCUCAUCUGAGAAUCUGUCCAAAUUGGUCAGCUGGGCCCACAGCCAUGGGACCAUUUGCAGCCUCAUUCCAAACCUGAAGCACUUGCUUUCUGAAGGUUCCCAUGGGAACCUGACUGCAAUGUGGGGCUGUAGUGCUGGCCAUGCUUACCACUGGCCACUAACAGCUACUUGCAGAGCUGGGUCCCAAGAGAGGGUUUGUUUCCAGGACAACCGAAGUUUUAAUUCUGAUAGUCCCAGUAUAAUUGGGGUGCCUUCUGAGACACAGACUAGCCCUGUGGAAAGAUACCCUGGGAGACCCGUGAAGGCAAAGCUGGACUGUAACCGAACCAGAGACUCUUGUGACUUCUCUUACUGCAGUGAGCCCUCUGAACUGGAUGAAGCUGUUGAGGAGUAUGAAGAUGAAAACACACUGUUUGACAUGGUUUGCGAGUCUUCUGUUACAGAUGAAGACAGUGACUUUGAACCCCAAACCCAGAGGCCUCAAAGCAUUGCUCGUAAAAGGCCAGGAAUAGUCCCAUCUUCCAUCCAUUCAAGUUCCCAGGGACAGAUGGUUGAUGAGUGCGGUAGUGAUGUCAUCAUCAAGAAAAUCAAGCAAGAGAUCCCUGAAGAUUAUUACAUUGUGGCAAAUGCAGAGCUGACUGGAGGUGUAGAUGGACCAGCCCUUUCCUUGACACAGAUGGCAAAGCCCAAGCCUCAAGCUCAUGCCGGUCCCUCCUGCGUAGGGUCUGCUAAACUGAUUCCCCAUGUAACAUCUGCCAUCAGCGCAGAGUUAGACCCACACAUUGUGUCAGCAUCCCCCUCCGUGAUCUCCAGACCAAUCAUCCCAAAGACUGCUAGGGUAUCUCUGGCUUCACCAAGCAGAGGACCCCCUGGUGCCCAUGGCACUGCCCACCAGGUGACCAUGCAGAUGCCUGUGAGCACAUCACAUCCUAACAAACAUAUCAGUAUCCCUUUGUCUGCCCUUCAACUGCCUGGACAGGAUGAACAAGUGGCUUCAGAGGAGUUCCUGCCCCAUUUGCCUAGCCAGGUCUCAUCUUGUGAGGUAGCCCUUUCUCCUUCAGUGAACACAGAGCCUGAAGUGAGCUCCAGUCAACAACAGCCUCCUGUUGCUCCAACCAUAACCACUGAAGCCACUGCACAGUGCAUUCCAGACCAGGAUGAAAGAGCAGCUGAGCUCAGCAGGGAGCAGAACGAGAAAACCAUCCGGAGCACACAGACUGCGCUCCGCAAUUUCCCUUAUUCUACUAAACUCAACAAAUUUCCUGUAUUUAAUAUUAAUGAUGACUUGAAUGAUCUGUGUACCAGUGCAGUGAGCCCAAACACCACCAAAGCCACGAGGUAUGCCUUAAAUGUGUGGCGCUACUGGUGCAUGACCAACGGGCUCAAAGACCACACGGACAUCACCAAGAUCCCUGCAGUGAAGUUGAAUGAGCUGCUUGAAAACUUUUAUGUCACUGUCAAGAAGAGUGACGGCUCAGACUUCCUGGCGACCUCACUUCAUGCCAUCCGCCGUGGCCUGGACCGCAUCCUGAAGAAUGCAGGUGUGGGCUUUUCCAUCACCAGCAGCACCUUCAGUUCUUCCACCAAGAAACUCAAGGAGAAGCUGUGGGUUCUGAGUAAGGCAGGGAUGUCGGGUGCCCGUUCUCGCAAUAUCGUCUACUUCUCCCUUUCUGAUGAGGAGGAGAUGUGGCAGGCAGGGUGUCUCGGGGACGACAGCCCCAUUACUCUCCUGUCCACAGUGGUCAAGUACAACAGCCAGUAUCUGAAUAUGCGGACACUGCAGGAGCACGCAGACCUGAUGUAUGGUGACAUCGAGUUGCUCAAAGACCCACAAAACCAGCCCUACUUUGCCCGGACAGACAGUGUUAAGCGAGAGAGCCGGAGUGCUUCUACCAGAGUAUGUCACGGGAAAAUCUACCAUGAGCAUUCUAGGGGACACAAACAGUGCCCUUACUGCCUCCUCUACAAGUACAUGUACAUCCACCGGCCACCUACCCAAAUGGAGGCCAAGUCUCCCUUCUAUCUGACAGCCAGGAAGGAGGCCACAGACAUGGGCAGUGUAUGGUAUGAGGAGCAGAGGAUGGGAUUGCGGUCCCUCCGGGGAAUUGUCCCAAAUUUAGCCAGAAAGGUCAAGCUGGACAACUGUGAGAACUUCACCUUCGUCUCAUUCACUCAGGUCUCCAGGAGACUUAGCUCCCACAGCUGCUGCCAGUGAGCCCUCCAAGGCCAGGACUUCCCUCAGGUGGUCAUGGCGAGAGUCAUCAGCAAGCAGGUCCUGAGGAGACAGAAGCUGUCUUCACUCCAUGAUACAGCUGGCCUCCAUUACUGCAGCAGGCCAUUGCUCAGUCUUGAAAUUCACUUUUACAUAAAAGUAGAUGACUGAAUAAUGUUUUAUCUAAAUGUGUGACACCUUGUUAAAUCUUGGAAUCUAACACAAUGUAUAAUUAUUAUAUACAAGAGUGAAGAAAUUCAUUUUAUCUAGUGCCUUUUUAGCACGGGUUUUCUUGGAAAAAAUGUUUUAAGUACUUACUGUUAAAAAAAAUCCCAGUAGCCUGGCAGCUUUAGAAUGGUAUAGAAUUAUGUACACUUUGUUGAGUUUCCUUCACAUAAGGACCUAGAGCGAGAGAGACAGAAUUAUGUUUUCUCAGUGGAUGCUCUGCCAGGGAGGCAGACUUACUCACUGAGGUAAAAGAAACACUUCCACUGUGCUGUUGAUAAAGACAAUUUGAUAAAACGAAGAUCAGUACUCUGAAAGGCUGGUUCUGAGACACCACGUGCAGUGGACUCUGCAACCAGGAGGGUUUCUAGAAAGCCACUUGUGACCCAAAUAGGAAAACCUGAAGCAGAAGUGCCUGCAUCUGAGUUCUCCACACCGUGAGAGCAUCUGCUGUUUGAACUUUGUUUUGUGUUAAUCUGUUUUUCACAUCAUGCCGUUGUUCUGUUGGCCAGAGUCCCUGGACAUGUAAGGCUAGCUCAUGCUUUCCUAAGAAAAUCAACAAAGUAAGCCACAAAGAAAACAGAUUCCCCACUGCAUUUACUAAAGAUUCUGGAGAUCUGUGGGUUGGCACAAGUGCUUUGGACACAGAUUUAGGCAGCUUACCAGGUAAGCAAGCCAGCACUAAGGACAUGGUGAGUCAGAGCAUGCGUACAUUGUCAAAUCAUUUCACAUUAAUAAAACUCAACCUGACCAUGUGCUGUUUAAACAGCAGAAUUUUCUGUUAGCUACUCUGAAUACAAGUUUUUAAAAAGGAACCCAAAGAGUACUAAUUAACAGGAGUAGCUGCUACUCUGCUUUCCAUUCAAGGGAAGACUGCUAUAACUUGUACCAUUGUGUUCUUAUGUAUGCUUUUGGAUCCCAAAUUAAAAUCCCAGUGCAAAUUCAUACUGCACAAGUCCUUAAAUUAGUCAUUUCUUUUUCAAAGUACUGUUUUAAUAUUUAUUUAAAGUAGUUCUUUUAAAAUCACUCAUUAGUUAUUGAAAUAUGUGACACUUUACCAGAGAAGACUCAACCAAUGCUGCCUUAAGGACUCAUGUUGUUCUCUUUCUAGUGAGUAUAUGCUUAUAGUUCUGUUCACUAGGUUACCUCCCUGGGUAGUGAUGAAUUUUAGUAGCCCCUUCUUUGUGUAAAUAACACGCAAUUAAUAUUCGGUGUUUGACUUGACCCUGUGUAUUAGUCUGUAGUGACUUCCAAUCGUGAUUUUAGGGUUUUGAAAAGAUAGACAAACCAGGUGUGGUAGCCACGCCUUUAAUCCCAGCACUUGGAAGGCAGAGGGAGGCAGAUCUCUGUAAAGCCAGCCUGGUCUACAAAGCGAGUUCCGAGACAGCCAGGGCUACGCAGAGAAACCCUGUCUCAGGAAAAAAGCAGAGAUGGUCACAAAAUGUUAGGUCAGUCUUCUUUAGUUUGCUAAACACCCAAAGGUUAUUUUGUUUGUGGGAAGCAAACAGUUAUCUUUUCGGUUCUGCAUGUAAGAUGAAGACAUGACUUGUAUGGCCAAGUUGCAGAGUCUGCAUCUUAAUUACUAACACCUUCAUUUUUAUUUUAGAUAGAUUCAAAAUGUUGUUGUUAGGUGUGCUGGGAUCUUUCCAAGUUUAACAUUCCCAAGAAUAGCAAUAACUGACCAUAUGUCGUCAAUAUUCCUGUUAACUGAGACUGUUGAGCAUUUGAAUAAGCAUUUCUGCUUCAACUUCCUGCCUUGCACCUAUUUGAUGAAUUGUAAGCUCUCCAAAUUCUCAGGGGUCAGAUCUUCAGUUACACUUGACAGCAUGGGAAUCCUUGAGUCGUGGGAGUGAGGAAGAGCACACUUGCAUCAAGGGCUCCCACCUGCCAUGUACAACUUUAUUGUCUAUUUGUGCAGAUAUGGCUGUGUGAGACACACUUUACAUCAGUGAGUGGUAAGCUGGGGUGAGCCUACCAACCUGAAAAAAUAGCUGUCUUCCCAGAUGGCCAUGCUCUGAAGGAGGGCCAAGAGCUGUGGCUGAGGUUCAGUCUUUCCAGUCAAUUAUAUGCCAUCUCCACAGGACACAUAAUCUUUUGGCUUAAAGCAAAAGAAAGGAGAAUUCCAGAAGGGAUAGGGCAAGUUACAAGCACUUGUCUUUGGGUCUCUCUGCACCAGAGUUGGGGUGUUUACCCAGAACUUUCCGUUUGAGCCGGGGUUGUAGCUCAGUGGCAGAAUGCUUGCCUAGCAUAUGCAAGGGCCUAGGUUCUGUUCCCAGCACUAAUGAAAUAAAUUCUUUAGCUAGCAUACCCCAAUGCAAGUUGCCCCUGGGCCCUGCAUAAGGGAAGUUGCCAUCUCGGUUCUAAAAGGACCCCUGGAAUCUUUGGAGGAGAUCAUACUUUUUGUAUUGCUGCAAAAGCUGAGGUAUGCAUGGUGACUCACACCUGUAAUGCCAGCACUCACAAGACUGAGGCAAGAGGAUUGCCAUGAGUUCUGGGCCAGCCUAGGCUAUCAUAGCCAUCUUGAGCUACAGAGUGAGACUCUGUCCUGAAAAACGUAAUUAAAGGGCUAGAGACUGGUCAGCCAUUAAGAGCACUGGCUGCUCUUCUAGAGGACCUGAACUCGGGAAACUUCAGUCCCUGGAGGUCAGACUCGCUCUUUUGGCCCCAUGAGCACCAGGCACAAACAUAGCGCGCAGGCAUGCAUGCAGGUAAAACACCACACACUUAGACAAUACAUAAAAGGAGUUGUAGGGGCUACCUCCCCAGUGCCCAUAGGCCUCUCUCUGGGGAAUGGCUUGUCAGGUAAUAGGUUGUCAUCCUGGUUUGGGCGAUCCAGUUGGACAUGAAGAGUUUAACAUACUGCUGUAUCUUAGGUAAGCAAUGGAUUUUUGUUGUUGUUGUUGUUACAACUUUUUGUAACUGUUGUUACAACUUUUAGUAACAGUUCCUCCAUUGUGGAGAUUCUCUUCCUUACGUUUUUAAACUUGAAGAGGAAACCAAACCUGAUAAUCUGGCCAAGUAAACACAGCCAAACCUAUGAAGUCUACCUCUAGUCUAUCAAGCCUGAUACCUCAGACACAAGUAAAAAAAAAAAAAAAAAAUGAGAGAAAGGAAUACUGGGAGUCCCCAGAGGCUUUAU